GCAGAGAGAGAGAGAGAGAGAGAGAGAGAGAGAGAGAGAGAGAGAGAGAGAGAGAGAGAGAGAGAGAGAGAGAGAGAGAGAGAGAGAGCAAGUGUGCACGGAGCCCGGGAAAGCUAUGACAAAGCGCAAGGAUGAGCACAUGUGGAAACAACCGGCGGUGGACGAUGUGAGGAGGCUUAACCCUGCGACCUGGUGGGCAGCACAUGGUGGGGAUGUCCCAACACUUCAGGAAAUUGCAAUCAAGGUCAUGGGGAUGUGGAGCACUGCGACCCCCACUGAGCGCAACUGGGCCUCCAUGGACUUUGUCCAUACGAAGAGACGAAAUAGUUUGUCCCCAGCAUCCCUCGAGAAGCUCGUAUACAUACAUUGGAACAUGCAGUUGCUGCGAGCUCGACACCACAAGGACAGCGGGUUCGAUGAUGUCUGGGGUUCGUUCUUUGAGCCAAUCAUGGAGCCAGAACAGAAUGACGGGUCAACGCUGGCGACCGAUACUCAGGAUGCUUCUGAGAAAGAGGAUGAGGAGAUGAGGCAAAGGAACAUGGCGAAGGCUCCAAAAAACAGGAUCCCCCAAAACCUUCUCGAUUUCGACACUAGUGACAACAGCGACCUCGAGGAUAUGGUGUGGAAGGGGAAGUGCUGGAAUGAGUCAUCAUCGGAGGACUGCAGCGAGGAUGAGGACUCCGAUUUCGAACCAGGCGACCACGGUAGGUUUCACUUGGGCCCAAUGCCAGAUUUUCAUGGCCCAACUGCCAGAUUUUCGGCAGAUAUCCAGGCUUCUGACACUGCACAAUGGACCUGCGUAACGGGACAAGAAAGCUUUGGUGCCCUCGAGAUUUUAUAAGGGAACCUGCCUGUAUAGAGCCUGUGCACACAUGGAGCAUGAAGGACUAUAAUUGGAAAGUUUUUCUCUCGGAAGAUAGGACAUGGAGUCAUGGACUAUAGUUUCAAGGUUUUCCUCUCAGACAUUAGGACAUGGACUAUAAAUAGAAAGGUUUUCUCUCAGCUUGCAGCAGCUUGAUGGGCAAUCAGUGUGUGUGGCUCUGUGCUUUUUCUGCUGGUUAUCAUGAAAAUGGGGUGACACACAGCCCCAGCUCUGCAGGGGUCGAUGAACACUGGGUGGGGGAUGGGAGAGCUGUUUGCCGAAGAACUGGUGGAGGAAUCCCCUCAGAGGGUGUGUUAAGUUUCCAAUCUCGGGGCAUACUCACGCAUGGACUUUUUGGACUCUUAACUCUGGACGAAACUGCAGUCAGAUGCAUCGGAGGCCAGCUUUAAUUGUGGUCAGAUACAUUCAGGAAAGUUAUCGUGUGAGUGUGCUCUGAUUGGCGAUACAGUGUAUACACAUUUCACUGUGCUGGGAUUUGCUACAAUCGCAGGACAAGCACGGAAGUAUACUCGCACGAGGGCAGCUUUUUCCAAACGGAUCGGGCUGUAAUUCCAGUCAUAUGCACUUGGACUCUAACUCUGGACAAACUGCAGUCAGAUGCAUCGGAGGCCAGCUUUAAUUGUGGUCAGAUACAUUCAGGAAAGUUAUCGUCUGAGUGCGCUCUGAUUGGCCAUAGCCGCUAUACAGAUUUGACUGUGCUGGGAUUUGGUACAAUCGCAGCACAAGUGUGGAAGUAUACUCAUAUGAGGGCAGCUUUUUCCAAACAAAUCGGGCUGUAAUUCCAGUCAUAUGCACCAAGAAAAAUCCCUGCGUGAGCAGCUUUUUCCAAACUCUACAGUGGAAUGAAAGAUGGUCCGUUUCGUUGUUCAGACUUGAACUCCGAAACUCGCUGUUACUCCGGACAGAAUAGCCUUGGAAUUUCCCUCGAUGUAUAUAACCUUAAUGAUGACCACUUUCAGCCGGAAAGUUCGAAUCUGAGUAGCCACCUCCAAGUGAUUCAGUGGCAGAAUCGCAAAGGCGAGUUCGGCGAACAGUUGUAAGAAUCGUCCCCGGUUGUCGGCUGCCCUUGCAUGGAAUCGUUGAUCAGUUUGAACUUUAAAUGCUUCAACAAAUGCAAUUUUUGCUG